GGGGCUGGAGGGAGUCACACAGCACAGGACCGAUAUGUAGUGUCUGGCGCACUGCAGCCCUCUCAAGCCUCACAUUCACAGUCUUCUUUAUCAUAUUUUGAUAUACAGCAUGUUGCCCUGGUCAUUUGAUUGAGUGCUGUUUUGUGCUUACGGAACCUGAGCUCCUCACAUAAACUCGUAAUACGAGAAACAGCUGAUCUACGGAUGCUCGUCUCGGAGCUGAUAAUGUCACAGUAGCUGUCAUCAGACAUGUUUGGCCGGUCUCAGGCAUGGCUUGCCUGAUCUUGUCUAGCUCUGCUAUCAAACAAGGGGGUGACAGCAAUUUUCUCAGGAUAACAAGGAGGCAACAAUCAUUGAAGCCAAACAAGUGUACAGUGAGGAGCGUUUGGUCGAUGAAGGCCAUUCAUCAUUGUGAUGUAUAAUGGCUCCUGUGCUGAGUGCUGUGUUGGGGUCAGGGGCCGUUGGGUCAGAGGUCACAGGGUUGGCAGUGCUGGCUAAAGGGGAGCUGGCACUUGUAGGCACGCUUACGGGACUCUCGGCUUUUCUGCUGCUCUCCAUUCUGCUGCUGCUGCUGUGUGCAAGCUGCCAGGGGCAGAAAAAAGGGAGCAGCAACCCAGGAGACCAUGAAAACCUGAUGAAUGGGGUGUCAGAAAAGGAAACACGUAGCCAGUCCGCAGAGAGUCAUGGUAUUGACCUGGCCAUUAGUAGCUCCCAAAACGAGCCUGCUACAGUACUUACAGACAUGAUGGACACAAGUCCCCAACCUUCAGAGGACAUGCUGUCCAGCCAGUCAGAAAACAGAUCCUCCAAGUGUCACCAGGACCGCAAGUUACCCAGCAUUCCACCCACUGAUGUCCUCAAGGACGCCAUGGCUGGUGCUCAAGCUGCCUCUGGGGAUGGAACAUACGAGGUGGUGAAGGACGGGGCCUCCCGCGAUGUCAGUGUUGAGGACUCACUGUAUGAGACUGUGAAGGAGCUGAAGGACAUUGGCCUCCACAAUGGUACGCUGAGCCCUAAGGAACCACAUGCACCCCUUCUCAACGGUCACCCCAGUCCCGCUACAUCAGAUCACACUGUCCUGCCUAAUGGCGCUGAGUAUGCCUCUGUCAACCUCAGCAAGAAAAGCCGCUAUAGCUCCGACAUGGAGGCCAGAUGCUCGGCUGCCAUUAUGGAUCUGGAAGAGCCGGAGGAUGAAAAACCACCUCCAGUACCCAACAAAGUUCUGGAUGUGAAUGACAACCAACAGAUUAAUGAGCUACCAAAUGGACAGUUACACUCCCCAUUGUCGACUCCAGAGCUUCAGGAUCAUGCAUUGCCGGACAGUGAGUUUUCAGACAUAUACUCCAAGGUACAGAAGCCUGUUGUUAAGGAAAAAGAGAAUGACUACAGCAGCAUUGGAGAGAUCAAGGGAAUGGAGACGGAGUCCACCUCCAGUGACCUUUACGCCAAAGUCAUGGAUGAAUAUCCACUGGCUCAUGGCUCUCAGCCUCGGGAGGAGCUUGUGGAGAAUUCAGACCCUGGGUACGAGACCAUCAAGAUCCCCAAAACAGCUGAUGGGUCUCCUCAGGGCAAUGGGAUAGCGGAACCUGACUAUGAGAGCUUGGCAGAACUGGGCCUAACCAGUGACAUCUCCCGUCUCUGACCACCCACUCAACACUAGGGACUCACUUGUUUGAGAUUUAGAGUUGGACUUUGGGGUGAUAUAACUAGAAUAAUGCACUUAACCCUUCCUGAUUGAAUGUUUCUGAGUACAGCAUUUCGGCACCCCUUGUAUUGGAGCAUUACAUUACAGUUCUAGUUUUAUCUGGUGUUGGGGUUUUGGAAGUGUACUAAUGAACUAGGGAUGUGCAAAACCACAUAUUUUCUAAAUUGACUGGUGGUUGGGUUGGCUGAAUUGCUAAUCGACUAGAACGUCUUAGGAAGCAUUGUCUAAUUAGCCUUUAUAUAAGACAUAUUCUUUCAUUGAAAAAAGUUUGAAGUGCAAUCAAAUGGAACAGAACACAUGUGUCUCAUGUCAUGUUUUUCAAAUUUAGACUAUUUCUAACUUGUCUUUAAAGCUCAAUGCAUAUGGCCGGAUGCUUAAAAAAACAGUGCGAGACGCGAUGCAAUGUCCAAAGACGUCCAUCUUAAUGAGUAUGGCUGUAGUUCCUGUGCUUUAAAUGGGAUUCAUUUAUAGACACAACUUUUCUGAGAGGGUUUUAGCAUGCCAACUGUCCAAUAGCUAAAGCACACCACACUAAUUUAAGCACAGCUGCUAAAAAUAUAUUUUUUUAAAUGUACGAAUAACAUUUAGAUAAACAAAUCAACCUCACCUAAAUGACUAGUCGACCAUUGUGUCCCAUCCCUAUAGUGAAUGAUAUUUCGCUGACCACAGUUGAUGUCAUCUUUUCAGUGUAAGACCUGCGACCCAGCAGAGAUAAUUCAACACUGUUGAAUGGCUCAGUAGAUGGAUUGCUUUGCUAUUUCGAGAAUAUUUGGGGACCACAAACCUGAGGUGCCCCCUUUAUUUCAGCUGUGCUCUUAUGAGAAAUUUCAUUCAUAACAUGAAGUAGUAGUUUCACCUGCUGUGAGCCACUUUGCCUCCAUGUUUUCACCCAAUACAAGUUGAGCAAAGAGCGUGUCUGAAUUAAGUGGAAUUGUGUCCUUGUAUUAUCCCAAGAAGAGAACCACACAGGUACAGUCAACAGCAUUACACUUAUUUCAAUCAUUCAGACCUGAUGGAGCACUUAGUUUCACAAGAGAUCAAGUGGUAAGCAGGAAAUAUUCACAUUGCACAUAUCAAUAGACAUGAGUCUUACUGAUGCAAGAUUAAUUUUUAUAAUUUUUUCAAAUCAUUGAUGUUUGAGGGAGUGACCUUUUAAGGUAUGCAGCAUUAGCCUAUAAUACUCGUUUAUGAGUGUUACUAAAAUUCUAUUAAUAUUUAGUCACCCAUGUCAUGUCAUUCCAGUUAUGUUUUUCAGUUUAACACAAAAGGAGUUUUGUGUUAAGAAUUUUCACAAAGUUAUUUUCCAUAUAAUGACAAAGUGACCAUGUCUGGCAAACGCCAAAGUGAAGAAGAAAAACACCAUAGAAGCAGUCCAAAUGUUGUAAAAUCUAGAAUGACUAAUAUUUAAUGUAAAUGUGGAUGACACUCCAGAGUUUUGGUGGACUGGCAGAUAAUCAGUGAAUAACAACUUAAGGUUUGGUCUUAAAUUUAACAAACCUGUUAUUAGACUUUAGAGGACUUAAAAUGCACACGUUGUAUGGACUAAUUAUAUGGUGAUUUAAUAUGGUCUUUAUGUCCUUUUUGGAGCAUGACCAAUGUGGUCACCAGGAACUGUCCUUGAAUGGAAAAGAGCUGUGUAAAGAUUCUUUAAAAAUUCCCCUUUUGUGUUCCACUGAAAAAAAGAAAGAAAAAGAAAACAGGUCUGAAAAGACACGAGGGUGAGUAAAUUAAAAAUAACAGAGUUUUCUUAUCUUUAGUUAAUUAUUCCUCUAUUGAAAGGUGGACAGGUUUUAUUGUUGAUGAAUUUAAAUUCUUUCAUUUGUUCACACAUUGUCCAUUAGUGAUGUGAUGGAGUUAUGUUACAUCGAUAUAAAUGUGAUCAAAAAAAUAGCUUUUGAGAGUUUUUUUUUUAUUAAUGCAGCUGUAUUGAUUGAAUAUCAAAUACAUUAUACUGUAUAUUUCAGAUAUUGUUUGGUUCUUACAUUUAAUAGGUACGUAACAUUUCAAAAGACUGAAAAGCACAGGGGAGAUUGACAUCAUGGUACUGCCACAAAGAGCUUUGCCUGGCAGCUUAGUCAAUGUACUUUAUUAUCAGGUAUGCAUUAGCUUCUUUUACACUCGUGUAGCAGUAUAAUAAUAAUAAAAAAAAUAAUUUGAUUGUAUAUAUAUAUAUAUAUAUAUAUAUAUAUAUAUAUAUAUAUAUAGCGUGUCCAGACACCGCAUGUGACCAUUUCAUGCCAAGAGACACUUGUACUGUAAAUAUUGACAUAACUAUUUUGAUCUUUUAAUUAUGUCACUGUUGUUGAAAUAUGGUUUUACACAAUAUUGUUAUCUUUCGCAAAACAGCUCUCCUUUCAAACAACAGUAAGUGAAACAUUUUAUAGUUUGUUUGUAUUGAGUAACUAAUGAAGCUUUUGGAGUCAGUGGAAUACAUGUUUUCUAGAUGCAUUGUAAUUAAAGAAAGUUUAAGUGGAUAAAUUAACAUUUAAAAUUUGCUUCAGUGAAAAGGGUAAGACAUAUGCAUUGCUUUGAGUUACUUUAGCACUAUUUAAAAUAUCAGGUGGACUGUGGAUAAGAGUCCCAAUGUUGUCCAUGUGUUUGCUUGUAAUAAUGGUACAUUGUGAUGGUACAAAUUCCAUAUUGAGAAGGUCCUUGUUUUAUGGUGAAGCAUUGUACAUUUCGUUUCUCCUUCUUCCCAAAUUCAAUAUAUUUAGUUGUAAAUAAGAGUGAAUUUUGUAUUUGUUUAUUUCAUCUUUUUAUUGUGGCAUUUGCUUAAUAAACAAUAUAGUUAUGCUGGA